AUGUGGAUUGACUCUCUGCCUAUCGCAGCGAAAGCUAUUCGAGAUAAAGGAAAAUUGGAGGAGCUGGAUUUUGCGGACAUCCUCGAUAUCAAAUAUAUGAUUGCGAAGGAACGCAACGCCGACGUUUUCCAGCUGGCAAAAAAAGCCAUUAAGCGCAAUCCGGAGCAAGCUUACUUCUACUACGCCAUCGCGGUACGGUCGGAAGACUCAGAGGGUCUACGAGCAGCGAAGAAAGGGUUGAAGUGCAAACAAAUAGUGCCGUUCUUGCAACACAUGCUGCUGAUGCGGGCCGUUGAGCAUGCUGGGACUAUGGGAUUGCGACUUUUGGAAUACGGACCCAGCAUUACUGACGACGGCAAGUUGGAGGAGGCAGCUGCUUUUUUGACCAGCGCUCUCGAAGAUGCGAAAAUGUAUCUGUCCUGUGCAAUGCCUGACAGCCGCCAUAUGCAGACGGUCGGUUCCUGGGCCGUUCUCCUCACUCUCGUCCUCAAGGACGCUCUGAGUCCUGACCUCAGAGAGCUUGAUGAAAUAGUCAGGAAGAUUGACAUUGGCCGCCAAUUCAGCAACUUCAUGGGUAUCACCGCACCGAGGCUUGACCUCUACGCCACCCAAGCGGCUGCCAUCAAGUACUACGCUUCGGGGCUCAAUGAGUUCUCCAGAAUAUUCAAUCACCUUGAAGAGGGUGGUGCCACGAAGAACAUCCCAUCUGUCAAUUGCGCAACGCUUGACGACGACCUUGCGGCCUGGCUCGAGAACGUGCAUAUAGAGGGUGGUGGAAGUCAAGCGGACCACCACCACCACCAUGGAGGCAAUGGUGACCUUCACUCGAAGGUGAAUAUUGACAAUGUUGCGCUGUACCGGUGCUCCUGGUGCGGGAACCCGUCCGCCGUCUUAAGGAAAUUAACUACGAUUAUAUAA